AAAGAGGCUAACGUCCACGCUAGCUUCCACGCUAGCUGCUAUAUGUUUUGCAUUGAGAUGACAAAGGUGCACUCCUCAAGAUGAGGAACCGGCUGGUUGAAGGUAAAGAACCUUUGGAACAAUCCGGGCCGAUGGGAAAAGGCAAGAGGGCAAAGAAAAGGAGGCCUUUUCUGGAGGACGACGACGACGUGGAACAGUCAGAGGCCCAAGAGGUGAACAAAUAUAGUUACCAGAUGACGUUGGAGGAAAGGAUUGCUGCACUGGAGAGGGAGAAUUAUUCCCUCAGGAAUGCUUUGAGCAUCAUUGAAGAGAGAAAACCAGAAGAGGAAGGAAGAUCUACGGCUCACACCUCAACUGCUGGACCAAGUUUGCAGUCUUCCACAACACAUCUGCCUUUGGAGGAUGGUGGGAUUUCCACCGAUGCUGUCUGUCUUGAUAUUAAACAAGCCAUAAAAGAUCGGUGCAAUAAGUCCACAGCAGCUAAGUACACCAACGACCUAAUGCAUGGUCUGUACACAACAGCGUUUAUGGCUGCUCACAGCGUGACUGGGCUUGGGGCAUCAAGCAGGGGGGAGACACGACCAUCCCUUCCUUCUGCUGAACUCACGAAGAUUGUUUGUGAAGUUAAAUCUGUCUUCAAAGAGAAGACAGAGGCGGAGAUCAAGGGCUAUAUACGCCAGAAACUCUCCAAUUCGGCGAAGAUCCUCAAAAGGAAAACAUUUAAAAAAAUCAAUUUGUUCUGCCACGUUAGGCCAUUAUGUUUGUUUGCAUUCAAUAUUGAGAAGUUCAACUAUCUCAAACUGGAGGAGUUUUAUGCUUCACUAAUAGUGGGGCAGAUAACAGCAAUGUUUCAGAAGAAUCGUGCAAAUGAUGAUACAAGCAUCAAAUUUGGCACACUUGUUCUCCAAGUGGUACUAAUCAAAUCUGCCUGA